CUGCCUGGAGAGACAUCUGGCCAAGUUCUGGUGAGCAGGAAAAAUGUCUACUCGUUACCACCAAGCUGCUAGUGAUAGUUACCUGGAACUUCUAAAAGAAGCUACCAAGCGAGAUCUAAAUCUUUCAGAUGAAGAUGGCAUGACUCCCACUCUCUUGGCAGCCCACCAUGGGAACCUGGAAGCCCUAGAGAUAAUCUGCAGUAGAGGAGGGGACCCUGAUAGGUGUGACAUCUGGGGAAACACUCCUCUACAUUUUGCAGCCUCCAAUGGCCAUGCCCACUGCGUCUCAUUCCUGGUCAACUUUGGUGCCAACAUCUUUGCCCUGGAUAAUGACUUACAGACUCCGCUGGAUGCUGCUGCCAGCCGGGAGCAGAAUGAAUGUGUUGCUCUCCUGGACAAGGCUGCCACUGCGCAGAACAUCAUGAACCCCAAGAAGGUCACCAGGCUGAAGGAGCAGGCUCAGAAGAACGCCAGGAGGCAGAUCAAAGAGUGUGAGAGGCUCCAGGAGAAGCACCAAAAUAAGAUGGCCCGCACCUACAGCAAGGAGGAGUCUGGGACUCUCUCUUCUUCCAAGGGUACCUUCUCCAGGUCAUUCCCUUCAAAUGCUUCUGCUCCUGGCACAUUCGGGUCACUAUCUAAGGGCAUUAAAGAUACUUUCAAGAUCAAGUUCAAGAAGAACAAAGAUACAGCAGAACAGGUGGGGAAGGAAGGCAGAAGUGGGCAGAGGAACGUGAUGGAAGUGUUCAGAGAGGGAGAGGAAGACUCGUUCUCAGGGGACUUCGAAGAGAAGCUCCAGUUAUCAGCAGAGGAGGACAGCAGUGUGCACCAUGAAUCCAUUCUCAAUCGUCCAGGUCUAGGAAGUAUUGUUUUUAGAAGGAACAGGAUAUUGAGUCCUGAAGACAUCUCAGAUAGCAAGAGGGAGUUGGGUUUUAAACUGCCCAGUGAAUUGUUUCAAACACAAGGAACAUCAGAGGCUGAUGAGGGUGCAGCUGAUGAAGAGGAAGAGGAAAACGGCCUCAAAGAUGAUCUGCCGUGGGGUGAGGAUGCAGUGGAGUGGGAGGAAGAUGUGGUCGACGCCACGCCCCUGGAAGUGUUCUUGCUGUCUCAGCACCUGGAAGAAUUCCUGCCUAUCUUUAAGAGAGAGCAGAUUGAUCUAGAAGCUCUGCUGCUCUGCUCUGAUGAGGACCUUCAGAGCAUACAAAUGCAGCUGGGUCCCAGGAAGAAAGUUCUGAAUGCUAUAAACAGGAGGAAGCAGGUGCUACAACAGCCUGGGCAGCUGGUCGACACCAGCCUGUGAUGGAGGGUUUUGGCCUGGAGCAUUGGGUGAUGCUGUGGUCUGCUGGCAGCACUCCAGGCAGCACCCCCUCUUUACCUAAUGCCAGAUCACUGGGAAUGGAUUCUAGGGCAUCGGAGAUGCCGACUUGAGAGAGAGGCCCAAAGUUUACUCUGGGAGGUAGGCUAUGCCCAUCCAAAUAAAUCUCCAUGAGAAACUUGAGGAGACUUCAUAA